CGAGGUUCCACACCCGGCGCUCGACCCUGCCACGGAGAGCAGGAGGCCCAGGAAGAAAGGGGUCGCUCUCCUCCCGCGUGGAUCGGCCACCCGCGGAAAUCAAUAGGCACUCGGCGCGCCUCCGGGAGAACGCCGCGGCCUCUCGAGGAGGACAGCCGAUCCGGACCGAUCGAUAGGCAAUCGGGCGCGCGAUCGCGGCUUCUCGCGGGCAAUCUCGGCCCAGCCUUGACCAGGUGGCUCCUUCGCAGUUUGCGCCCCAGGCUCGACCCGAUGCUUACUUCGCGGAAGCCUUCGGAUCGAUCGGCCGUUAAGUCGAGACAAGCAUGACACCAUUCCGGUGGUUCUUCUGGUCCGGCCAAUAUCCCAAAAAUCCUGAAAAGUCGCCCUCGGACGCCAAGGAGUUCCGGCCGAGGUGACGCGAUCCCCAGGGGACCCGGACACCUUGCAAACCCUCCUCUGGAGUUCCGCCACGCAUCCGGAACCCCGUCGACCGGAAAAAAGGAACCACUGUUCAGGUCCUGGAUGGACGCGCCCUUCUUGCAGGCCGGAGAGGCCGGCUAGGUUAGAGGCGACAAGAUGGCGGCCAGAACCGUCAUGGCGGACUGGGGCCUGCGGCCCUCGUAGUGUUGCCCUCUAGCGACCGGCCGGGGGCUCGCGGACAGUCCCAUGCUGUCCGACGGGAGGCCCGAUGACGAAACGGCCGUCGACCACGAUCGAAAUGGGUUCCUACCGGCGAUGUGCUCGGCCUCGUACGUCAUGGCGACGGGCGAGGGCGCGGGGUACGAGAGCACGGUCUCGGCGGCGAUGGGGAGCGUCGCGAUGGUCCCGGCGUAUACGGGGACCGCCGGGGCCGGAUACGCCGCGUUCGCCGGAUACGCUGGCGGGCCCGGUGGGAUCGGCGGACUCCCCGGUCCCAUCGGGCCCGGGAAGGAGGUCCGCUACGUGCCCUUCUCCGGCCCCGUGCAGACGCCUCCGGUACCACCUCCCCCGCCGCCUCCCCCGCCCCCACCCCCGCCACCCCUGCCCCUGCAGAUGCAGCAGCGGGCCUACUCGAGGUCGAUGACCUCUCUGCCGCCGGAGCCCUUCAUGAUCAUGCGGUCCAAGGCCCUCAACCGUCGCGUCUCCAUCAACGUCGGAGGGGUGAAGCACGAGGUCCUCUGGCGCACGCUGGAGAGGCUGCCGCACACUCGAUUGGGUCGUCUCCGGGAUUGCAACACCCACGAGGCCAUCACCGAGCUCUGCGACGACUACUCCCUCGUCGACAACGAGUACUUCUUCGAUCGCCAUCCCAAGUCGUUCAGCUCGAUCCUGAACUUCUACCGCACGGGGAAGCUCCACCUGGUCGACGAGAUGUGCGUCCUCGCGUUCAGCGACGACCUCGAGUACUGGGGGGUCGACGAGCUCUACCUGGAGAGCUGCUGCCAGCACAAAUACCAUCAGAGGAAGGAACACGUCCACGAGGAGAUGAGGAAGGAGGCCGAAUCCCUUCGCCAGAGGGAGGAGGAGGAGUUUGGGGAGGGCAAGUGUGCCCAGUACCAAAAGUGGCUCUGGGACCUGCUGGAGAAGCCCACCACCUCCAUCGCCGCCAGGGUGAUAGCUGUGAUAUCGAUACUCUUUAUCGUGCUAUCGACGAUAGCGCUUACACUCAACACCAUUCCUAGCAUGCAAGUGAACGACGAGAAGGGGAACUUCCAGGACAAUCCGCAGCUCGCGAUGGUCGAGGCGGUGUGCAUAACGUGGUUCACCCUCGAGUACGUCCUUAGGUUCAGCGCCUCGCCAGACAAGUGGAAGUUCUUCAAGGGCGGGCUGAACGUGAUCGAUCUACUGGCUAUCCUGCCGUACUUCGUCUCUCUCUUCCUGGUAGAGACGAACAAGAACGCGACCGACCAGUUCCAGGAUGUGCGAAGGGUGGUCCAGAUAUUCCGAAUCAUGAGGAUCCUGAGGAUCCUGAAGCUGGCCCGGCACUCCACGGGCCUGCAGAGCCUCGGGUUCACCCUGAGGAACUCCUACAAGGAGCUCGGCCUGCUGAUGCUCUUCCUGGCCAUGGGCGUCCUGAUAUUCUCGAGUCUGGCCUACUUCGCCGAAAAGGACGAGCAGGGCACCAAGUUCAUAAGCAUUCCGGAGACCUUCUGGUGGGCAGGCAUCACCAUGACAACCGUAGGAUACGGUGACAUAUACCCCACCACUCCGUUAGGCAAAGUGAUCGGCAGUGUGUGUUGCAUAUGUGGUGUCCUGGUAAUUGCGUUGCCCAUUCCGAUAAUCGUUAAUAACUUUGCCGAGUUCUACAAGAACCAGAUGAGGCGCGAGAAGGCUCUCAAGCGCCGCGAGGCGCUCGAGAGGGCUAAGAGGGAGGGGAGCAUUGUCUCCUUCCACCACAUCAACCUAAGGGACGCUUUCGCUAAGAGCAUGGAUCUCAUCGACGUGAUCGUCGACACCGGUCAUAACAUGUCCGGCGUGGAUGGCAAUAGCACUGAAGGCGAGUCAGCCUGUGGUCGUGGGCCGGCGCAAACAGGACCCGGAUGUUACCGCAAUUACGAACAUUACAGCCUCUCGAGACACCGGCGAAGCGCCUCCUCCUGCUUUCCCGUACUACCGAACGAAUCUUCGAUCUCGCCAGACAGUCCCAAUCAUCGUCUCCUUGACUUUGCCCAAAAUAUCUCUAGCAAUCGGAACGACGAUUACUUCGAUGACGUUCUGGCCCAGAACUCGAAUCAAGGCAAUACGACACCCAGCGAUGAAGAGAAAAAAGAGAGCAGGAAAAUCGAGAAAAUUGAUGAAUUUCCUAGUGAAUUCGAGUGUUGCUUUUGUACUACUAAGGAAUACAAGGAAUACAGGGACGCCGAGGACAUCAUGCCCCUGGCUACGAGCGACUUCAGGAACCCGGUGUGCCAGGAGAUGAGGUCCUUGAGGAGCAGCAGCGCGGAGGCCAGGGCGUUCGAGGCUCAGGCCUCUCCGGUCCAGGUCGGGGAUUCCGGGUCUUAUGGGGGAAAACCAUACAACGAGAGGGGAAGCGUCGACAGCUCCGACACCUACGCCAGCUGCCAGACCCAUCCGUUCCACUCGCAGGGCGACCUCACCGGCGAUCCUGCCGAGGAUGCCGAAGAGGCCCUCGCCGAGACCGACAGCAACCUUUACGUCAACCCCCUCGAGGGGGCCGACAAGUCCGGGAACGCUGCGCCCAAAAUUGAAUCCCCUGGCGACCCUCUGCCCAAACAUCGAAAGACCAGGCUGCAACAGAGCGGAAAGUUCCGCGCGCAAUUCGCCGGCGAGCAGGACACCUCGACAUCCACGAAGGAGGGCACCGUCGUCGAGGGUAACCCUCGGUACAGCGGUUUAAGAGGAGGCCACCCUUCGCCCUUCGCCCCCGUCAGCAGCCUGAUCUCGGCGAAACGGAUGCUGAACAAUCACCUCUUCGGGACGUACAGCGCAUCCAGACAGUACACGGGAGGAUCCGUGGGCAGCAAGCUGUCGAUCUCCGCGGACUCCAUAGACAGCAACACGGCCCCCUUCACCGAGCGACACCGGAUCUCAAAGUCGAUUCUGAAGAAAUCCGAGAGCGGUAACAACUAUUACGCCAACGACCGGGACUCGGACACGGAGAAGCUCAUCUCGGACAACGCGUCCGCGACGAGCGCCUGCGACGAGGACUCGACCUGCCAGGGUCUCUCAGACCCCUCGAAACGAACCAUAUCACCGCUAUUUCCGAGCCAGGGCCUGGAGGCGAUGCUGAGAACGAACGACAGCGUCAACGCGGAGCUGCGCUGUGCAGGGCGUCAGGUCGAGAGCAGAAACUGCGUCGUCAAGGCGCCCAAGUUGCUCUUCAACGACUUCCUGGAAGAAGAGAAGCACGCGAGGGACGAGACUUUGACGGAGAAGAGCAAGGAGCGCGAGGACUCCCUGGCGACCCGCUCGAAGGAGUCGGAGACGGAGAAAGAGAGCGACUCGGCGCUGAUAUGCGCCCUCCACCCGUACAAGAUGCUGAAGAGGUCCUCGGCGGAGGGCAAGAAGAGAGGCUUGUCCACCCAGAGGACUCAGAACCGCAGGAAUCCCGAACUGAAUCGUCUUCCCCCGGACUAUCGAUUCCCGUCGUAGCGCGUAAUCCGUUAAUGCUGAUCGCUGAUUAGACCUAGGGAGAGCUUAGAGCCGGCGUGAUAAGGCUAAUCGUUUUAAAGGGCCUACGAGUAGCUUCGGGCGUGGACCCGCGGCUCCUCUUCAGGGUUCUCUUCGACCGGGCCCCCAAGGUCGCCGCGGUCCGCCGCCGUUAGCUAGAUCCGCGAGCGAGUAGCUGUCGAUAUUUCUCGGUGUACGCCGUGCAGAAAUGUGGAGAUCACGCAUACGUACUUGAGGAAAACGAAAACGCAAAAAAAAAAAUGAUGGAGAGAUAAGAAAGCCGUAGCUCUUCGAGAGGCGCGUACACUCUGGGGGUAAUGUGUUUUUGCGCGUCAUAAACGGGGGGAACAAAUGUUUCCACGAGUCCACAAGGCGCUCUUCAGGGUCCGGCUUGGUUGGUUAUCUUCUGCCAGGUCCUCGAAUAUCCUUGCGGAAGUCGAGGCUUAAUCGGCUGGGAACGUCGAUCAGCUGCCGUGGCGGUCUUUUUUGCGACUUUUGCGACUUUUGCGACCUUUGUGGGGACUUUUGCGAUGCAACAAUGACAGCGUACUUUCGUUGGCAGCUACCGAGCCAGGCGCUCUUUCGUCAGGGUCGGGACGACCCUGGAGCGGAAUUCCGUUUCCGGAGAGCGUGAAACGCCAUGUCGGGGUGGCGGCCCUCCUCGCACUCGCUCAAACUCUCGCUAUGGGACUCCUCUUGGGGAUGUCGAAGGCGAAUCGCUUUUAGAGGCCGCGCCUAAGACAGGACAUGGUCGCCACCGCUUCCGCUGAAGAACGCCAACCCGAGCUUUCGACCAGCCGCGAUAUGCCUGCCACCGAAUUCGGUAGAACUUGUGAUUCCCAGUCGGGCAAAGUAUUUUUUUUUUUUUCGAUUCCGCUCGCCCGCCCGGGGAGGAACGUACCUCGUGUUUUCAACGAACGGAGAAAAUUCAUUACGAAACUGGACGGUACCCUCUUUUCGGGGAGAUUAGCCUUUUAACUGCUUCGAUGGUUUCGGUGUGCCUCCGAUGAAUGUAUCCUACGGUGCACCUGAAACUAAAAAACGUGUUCUCAUGGCGACUGUUAAGCGAUAUCAGAGUCUAGAGUUAUUCAAUCAAACAUGGUUAAGGGAAGGACGGAGGGAAAGAAGAAAUUGCCCCUAGCGAGUACAUUACUUAAUUGCAUUCGCUGUAAGUGAAGUCUUGUGUUAGAUGACUCAGCCAGGGUGGACGCGCCGGUUCGUCCCUCCUCCUUGGGGAUGAUCUGGAGACGUUUAUUUGAAGAGGAGUUCUUGGCCAUCCUUGGAAAGAAAUCCCAGGGGAGGAACGACGUGCUCUUCGAGGAACUUCGACGGUUGGGAAGAGUAUCGUCCUACUCUAUUUCGGAGGAUGCUGUUACGGAGAUACAUAUCAUGAGGAGGUCGCUCUUGUGCUUGGGAUUAAUCUGUAUACUCAGAGGAAAUUAAUUUUGUUGGCGUGUCUCUCGUUUAUUGUGCGUAUUGCGUAAACGGGGACUGGGAAUCUCCUUGAUGCGGGACCGAUUCGGGCCUAAUGUUCUACUCGGCUGUGAACACGCGUACUUUAAUGUAAUCUCCUCGUUCGUUGAAUGCUCUUGUCGGUCGACAUGAAAUCUAGGAUCCUGGGAGACGACUCGAUCUGUCCACCUUGGCUGGGCAACCCGGUACGAGUCUCUAUACCGGUGAGCCAAUUUUAUCAGAGAUAUUAAAUGAAUGUUAAGGAAAAAGUGUUUACCUCACGCACUUCCGUUAUCACUUGUAAGUCAUCGGGAAAUCAUUGAGUUUCGAGGAAACUUGUUUCGCCAUUCGACUUGUCAUCGUUCGUCAAUGCAAAUAGGAAGGAUCUGACUGAUGCAAUAAUAAAUAUAUUACUGGUCU